CCAACAGGCUCUGUGUUCUAUUGAUUUAUAACCUUUGCUGUCUCUCUCACUCCAAGGGAUCAGGAACCUUCUUCCUUGUUCCCACCCCCUCCCAGGGCCUAGAACAGGGCCUGGCAUGCAGUAAAUAUUUGCAAAGUAAAAAUACUAAGAAGUGAUGCUGUAAACCUAACAACCUGUGACAACUCCACAUCCUAGGAGUCCCUCGGCCUUGGUGGAAUGUUGGGUGAAAGCAGCCAGGUGCAAAGAGCAUGCAAACUGUGCGACAUCGUUUACAUAGAGCUCAAAAGCAGGGGAAGCCAAAUUACAGAGGGAACUUAGCAAAGCAAAAGCCACUCAACCACUUACCGGAGCUUGGAACCGAGAAAAUAAGGGGCUAUGUGACCCGCUCCUGGACCCUUGGACGUACUCAGGGCCCGAAGACCUCAGCCUUGGAACAUGGCAUGUCCUGAGCACCCUGGGAGCCCUGGCUGGACAGGACCCGUAACCCAGUGUGCUGCCAAGACCAAGCAGGAAGCACCCACCUCGGACCCAGAUCUCCCAAGCCCAGGACCUAGAGAACACUCAGGUGCCCACCCCAGUCCGAGCUCCAACUCCAGCAUGACCACCCGGGAGCUGCAGGAGUACUGGAAGAAGGAGAAGUGCCGCUGGAAGCACGUCAAGCUGCUCUUUGAGAUCGCUUCAGCCCGCAUCGAGGAGGGAAAGGUCUCCAAGUUUGUGAUGUACCAGAUCGUGGUCAUCCAGACGGGGAGCUUCGACAGCAACAAGGCUGUCCUGGAUCGGCGCUACUCGGACUUCGAGAGGCUGCACAAGAACCUGCUGAAGACGUUCCGGGAGGAGAUGGAGGACGUGGUGUUCCCCCGGAAGCGCCUGACGGGGAACUUCUCGGAGGAGAUGAUCUGCGAGCGCAAGCUGGCGCUCAAGGAGUACCUGGGGCUGCUCUACGCGCUGCGCUGCGUGCGCCGCUCGCGCGAGUUCGCCGACUUCCUUACGCGGCCCGAACUGCGCGAGGCCUUCGGCUGCCUGCGCGCCGGCCAGUACGCGCGCGCGCUCGACCUGCUGGUGCACGUGGUGCCGCUGCAGGAGAAGCUCACGGCCCACUGCCCCACGGCCGCCGUCCCCGCGCUCUGCGCCAUGCUCGUGUGCCACCGCGACCUGGAGUGCCCCGCCGAGGCCUUCGCCGCCGGGGAGCGGGCCUUGCGGUGCCUGCAGGCCCGGGAAGGCCAUCGCUACUAUGCGCCCCUGCUGGACGCCAUGAUCCGCCUGGCCUACGUGYUGGGCAAGGACUUCGUGUCCUUGCAGGGCAGGCUGGAGGAGAGCCAGCUCCGGAAGCCCACCCACCGGGGCUUCACCCUCAAGGAGCUCACGGUGCGGGAGUAUCUGUCCUGAGCCAGCCGGGCACCUGGCAGGGAGACUAGGGGCCACCGUGGCUCCGGUGGGCUGCGUGGGCUGCGUUUUUCACGGGAGGACCUGUUGGGAGCUGUGACUUGCUGAGUGAGUGACUUUGGGCAAGUCCCUCUGAUCUGUGUAGAACAGAGGUGCUCCUGGGACCCCUGUGUUUCUUGCUUAGGUCUCCUGAUGACAGGCUGCCUUCAUCUCCAAACCACAAAACCAGCUGCAAAAAAAUGUUGGAGAGGGCUGUGGACCUUACUGAUGUUUUUGUGGGAAGCCGGAGGAGAGGUUUGCAUCACGAAUCAUGGACUAAUCAUGGCAGAGGGCUCUC